AUGACCAUUGCACCUAUUACAACCAUUACACCCAUUACAACUAUUACACCAAAUACAACUGUUACAUCGAUUACAGCUAUUACACCUAUUACGGCAAAAAUUACAAUUUCUAGCAUAAAAAGUUGCAACCUUUCAACUUUGAAAAACCUAUUAUGGCAGGCAACCUUAGUUGAAACACGUUUAAAAAAUAUGAGCCAUGGCUUCAAUAACAUAACAAAUUUG